UUAUCGUGUCAAAUCGAGUCUGGCUGGCGCGUGCGCACAACUUGAAUACUGCUUGCUGGAUCGUGUACCCACUUUUGUCGUUGUUUGUUUCCAUUCAGCUGAUUUUUGUCGUUUCCCUUCACGUUUUACACUGCACCCCUAUCCUCAAGAGAACACGCGAUCCAUGACGGCAUCGCUGCGCAAUGGCUGUCGUGUCGUGCAAAGAGGCGCUGCUGCUCACUGGCCUGGUGUUGGUGUGCUACUGGAACAGCCUGUCGUGCGGCUUUGUGUUUGACGAUGUCUCGGCUAUCCUCGACAACAAGGACCUGCGGCCCACCACGCCAUUGAAGAAUCUCUUUCUCAAUGACUUUUGGGGUACGCCUAUGGCAGAGGAACGUAGCCACAAGUCCUACCGGCCGCUUACGGUGCUCACCUUCCGCCUCAACUAUCUGCUGAGCGAGCUGAGCCCAGCCUCCUACCACCUGCUUAAUGUAGCUCUCCAUGCCGCAACCUGCCUGCUUUUCCUGCGUGUCUGCCGCCUCUUCCUGGACCCCACCUCCGGCCUGGUGGCGUCGCUGCUAUUUGCCGUGCACCCCAUCCACACAGAAGCGGUGACCGGUGUGGUCGGCAGAGCUGAACUCCUGUCGUCAAUCUUCCUCCUCGCUGCUUUCUUGGCCUACACCAAAUCGACUGGCACAGACCACUCCAUAGUGUGGGCUCCCAUCGCUCUGACCGUCGCGCUGGUGGCAGCAGCGACACUGUGCAAAGAGCAGGGAAUUACCGUCGUCGGCAUCUGCUGCGUGUACGAGGUGUUCGUGGCGCAAGGGUUCACUUUACCGAUGCUGCUGGUCACGCUGAGGCAGGCUUUACGGGGAAAGGGCGCCUUCCCGUAUGCCGUCCUCCAGAUGUUGCUGAAGCUCAUCGUGCUGGUCAUCAGCACGCUGCUGCUAGUCAUAGUGCGUGUCCAGGUCAUCCAGUCGCAGUUACCCGUCUUCACCAGAUUUGACAACCCGGCAGCCGUCAGUCCGACGCCAACCCGCCAGCUGACCUUCAACUACCUGCUGCCCGUCAACGCGUGGUUGUUGCUCAACCCGUCCGAGUUGUGCUGCGACUGGACCAUGGGCACCAUUCCCUUGGUGGAGUCUGCGCUGGACCAGCGCAACCUGGCCACGCUGCUCUUCUACAUCCUCCUGGGCCUGCUGGCGUAUCGCAGCAUCACCUGCUCACGCAGCUCUGCUAAGACGGUCGUCAUGGCAUUGUCUCUGAUCGUCCUGCCCUUCAUUCCUGCAUCCAACCUUUUCUUCCCGGUGGGGUUUGUCGUGGCCGAGAGGGUCCUGUAUGUUCCCAGCAUGGGUUUCUGCGUGCUGGUAGCGCACGGAUUCAAGGUUGUCUCGCACAAACGGUACCUGAAGAAAAUUUCCUGGCUGAUGAUCGGCGUGCUGCUGACAACGCACGCAGUCAAGACCUUCAACAGGAACUGGGACUGGGAGUCGGAAUAUACUUUGUUCAUGUCAGCUCUGAAGGUGAAUAAGAACAACGCCAAGCUGUGGAACAAUGUUGGCCACGCGCUGGAGAACCAGAACGAUUACGCCAGAGCGCUCCGCUAUUUUCUGCAGGCCACCUCCGUGCAGCCUGAUGACAUUGGCGCCCACAUGAACGUCGGGAGAACCUACAAGAACUUGAACAAGGCCAAAGAGGCUGAAGAUGCCUAUUUAGUUGCCAAGUCCCUCAUGCCGCAGAUUAUUCCCGGUAAGAAGUACGCUACGCGCGUGGCCCCCAACCAUCUCAACGUCUACAUUAACUUGGCCAAUUUGAUUCGCGCAAACGAGUCCCGUCUGGAGGAAGCCGACCAGCUUUAUCGACAGGCCAUCAGUAUGAGGCCUGACUUCAAGCAAGCGUACAUAAGCAGAGGGGAGCUGCUGUUGAAAAUGAACAAGCUGACCGAGGCACGCGAUGCAUACUUACGCGCGCUCGAGCUGGACCGAGCUAACGCCGACCUGUGGUACAACCUGGCCAUUGUGCACAUCGAGAUGAAGGAGCCGUCGGAGGCGCUGCGCAACUUUGAGCAGGCACUGCAACUCAGCCCACGCCACAAGCUGGCGCUCUUCAAUUCUGGUCUCCUCAUGCAGGAGUCAGGUGAACCCAAGUUCUGGCCAGAGGCCAACCGCCGUUUCCUGGCUUACGUGGAGGAGGAGCCGGAUGACGCAAAUGGCUACUUCAACUUGGGCAUGCUCGCCAUGGACGCCGAGGAAAACGUGGCGGCGGAGCGCUGGAUGCACAAGGCCAUCGCGCUGCAGUCGGGCUUCCGUUCAGCGCUCUUCAAUUUGGCGCUGCUCUACUCGCAGUCGCGCCGCGAGAUGGAGGCGCUGCCCGUGCUGGAUGAACUGCUGCACCACCAUCCGGAGCACAUCAAGGGCCUAAUCCUCAAAGGCGACAUCCUCAUGAACCACAAGAAGGACACGGCUGGCGCCAAGGCCUGCUUCCAGCGCAUUCUGCAGAUGGACCCGGGAAACGUGCAGGGCAAGCAUAACCUCUGUGUGGUCUAUUUUGAGGAGCGCGACCUGCCCCGGGCUGAGCGUUGCCUGGAGGAGACGCUGGCGCUGGCGCCCCACGAGGAGUACGUCCGGCGCCAUCUGAACAUCGUCAGGGGCAAGAUGGCGGCUAUGAGCGCGGCCGGGCAGCCCCUAGCGGAGGAGGAAAAGCCGACAACGGCGGAGGAGGAAAGGCGGAGUCCCCGAGGCGAGAAGAAUGCGAGGAAAUCCUCCGCAGAACCUGAUCAAUCAGAGCUGGAUGCUGGCCAGCCCGACAGACGGACUGCGGCCAAAUCUGCCGAGCAGACGAGCGACAUCGAGCAGAAGCGUGCUGCCGCUUUGAAAAGGCUGGAGGAGAUCGAGCUCAUUUUAAGCGGCAACUGACCACAAUCUUCUCUUCUUUUCUUGCGCCCCCCCCCCUUUUUUUUUUUUUUUAAAAGAGCUGAGACUAUUUUUACACAAAACUUUUUUUUCUUUUUGGACAAAGCCAAUUAAUUCUAAUGAAGUUAGGACAUUGUGUUUUACACAAAUCAAAUGUUCAACCUAUAUUUAAUUGAAUACACUACAAAGACAAGAGAUUUAAUGUUCAAGCAGAUAAACGUUGGUGUUUUUCUCAAACAAUCAUUAACUAAAUUAACUAACCCCAAUUUUAUGGCUGCAACACCUUCCAUAAUUAGCUGGCACAGGUGGCAAAAAAGAAAGUUGAGGAAUGCUCAUCAAACACCUGCUUGGAACAUCCGACAGGUGAAUACGCUAAUUGGGAACAGGCGGUGGCCAUGAUUGGAUAUCAAAGGAGCUUCCAUGAACUGCUUGCUCCGUUCUUCACGAGCAAAGAUGGGGCAAGGUUCGCCUCUUUGUGACCGAUUGCCUGAGAAAAUGGUUUCAAAAGUUUAAGGACAAUAUUUCUCAAUGUACAGUUGCAAGGAAUUUGGGGGGUUUCUUCAUAAACGGCCAAUCAAAAGUUUUAGAGAAUCUGAAGAAAGAAAUUGCAUGUCAGCCGUAAGGCCGAAAACCAACACUGAUUCCCUCAGGCGGCACUGUAUCAAAGGUACAUACAGCUGCCAUGCAACAAUGACUUUUUCGUCGAUGCCCCCGCUUAUUUCAGCAUGACAAUUCCAAACCACUUUCUGCACGCGUUACAAAGGUGCGGCUUCCUAAUAAGAGCGUGGGUACAGGGCUUGACCUGACUGCAGUCCAGACCUGCCUCACAUUGAAAAUGCAUGGCUCAUUUUGAACCGUAAAAUACAGCCCAGCCCCCACCCCCGUUCAACAGUUUGGGGGGGGUCGCAGCCAUAAAAUUCUAAGGUAAUGAUUAUUUGCAAAAAACAAAGUUGAUCAUCUUGUCUUUGGAGGGUACACAAUUAAAUAUACCGUAGCUUGAACAUGAUUUGCAAACCAUUGUUCUCUGUUUUUGUUUGUUGAUACAACACAACUACCCAACUUCAUUGGACUUAGGUUUGUACUAAUAAUUCUUCUGCUCCUGUAUUCUUCACCUUUUGUUCUCUAGAUACAGUGCAACCCCGUCGGGGUAUAGGAACUGAGCCUUACUGCAAAUAACUAAAAACUUGUAACCGAGGCCCUGAAUGCUUAUCAUUUCCCGUACUAAUUGUUUUGACCAUCAAUAUACCACCCACUAUAAUCUCGCAACACGUUCAUACUAUUUCAAACUCUUGUUCUCAUCUCAUAUUACUCUUAAAUGAUUCACAAUCACGCCAGACAUGUAUACGCACAGGCAAUGAGGGACUCGUGACUUCCACUGUCGACCCAGGCUAAACAUAGCUCCUCCCUGACAUCUCUCUGUUGAGCUGUAUCACAUGAACAGACUAACAUUACACCAAGUACUACUUUCUUAUCAGCCCGGGCUUUGCCACCAUUUUGUCAGCUUAGAGCAUCAAAAGCACAAAAAGGUGAGUUUCCUGCAAUUGGCAAUGGAUAGGUUCCACGGGGGUGAGGGUGGAGAUGGGUCCAUUUGUGAAUAGCGUACUACAAAUAGACAGGCUUAUUUCUACUUGCGCCAAAAAGAGAAACUUGAACACCAUCAAGAGGAAAUAGAAAUUGAGGCUUUUACAUAUUUUCCGGGGGCCACGAUGUGCAGAAAUGUGGACACGCCACCAGGAAAGCCCAUGUGCAGCUUGUAUUUCCGGCCACAAAUAGGUGCCACGUAUAAAUCUCUUCAGUGUGGGAAAUUUAUCACGCAAAGUGUUGCCGCAGACUUUAUUGCUUCCGUUUUCUGUUUUAUGGCACGGCAUUAAACUUUACUACCUACGUAAGAAUUUUGCAACGGAUACCCAGUUCCAUGUUUGAUGAGUGAGGAGCUUUGGAAAUUGAAUUUUCCCCAAAUUCUGCAGUGCGCCACUGAAAUGAUGAUGAAACAAGACUUUUUAUUAACUGCAUAUGGUUCAAGUGUGCUUCAAUUUUGGCAAACAUCAGACAAACUCUCUCUUCAAGGACCCCUUGUAGGCUUCCAUUUCCUUUUGGGGCAAGGCCUUUGCAAAAUGCUGUUUCUGCUCAUGGUAUACCGAAUUCCAGGAGGCUAGGUCGAAUUAGCUUUGCGGGCUAAAAAUUUGAAAAACAUCUGAAGUGUCCUACUGAACCAACUUUCAAAUCGUAAAACUUUGCCGCCAGGCUCCACCCACAUGCAACUAUCAGUCUUUACAUUUUAGCAUUUAGCCAUGUCGAGCAUAUGUGCUUCCAGUUUGAUAAGCGAGUAGCAGGGGCAGUUCUGGAUCAAUUUCACUGAGGGAGCCGGGCUGGGGCCAGGGGUUUUGAUGGGGGGGUGGGGGGGGACAUUCAACCCAGGGCUAAAAAGACAGAUUCGAAAUCUUAUUUGACUUUUUAUUUCUUCAAACUUUGAAAUUGUAGUCAUAACAUUACAGUUAUGAGGGAAAAAAACAGUAUUAGGAGGGGUAAAAUGUCUGCAAGCGUAACAAUACGCCGUGUCCAUCUGUUGAGAAUAUUCAAGCCAGGGGGAUGAUAUGGUACCAGCCUGCCGGGGACAAAAAUUGCAAAUACACUGAAGCUAGAUGUUUUACAUACAAUACAUGCUGAUUUAUAUAGCGCUUUCACAACAGCGGCAGCUGUAACACAGAGCUUAACAAAACAGUUAACAUAAAGUUACAUAAUAAACACAACACAUAACAGGACUUUUCUACUUUGUUCGCAUACAGUAGGUUAGUGAUAGAGCCCGUUCCGACUUUAGUCUCUGAAAAAUUCUAACUUGGGUUUUAAUCUAGCCUCCGUUAUUAGUUUUUGCGCUCAGGCCAAAGAAAUGCUAACAGUCAUUUGGUGGCAAUAUAUAAUUAUCCAAAUUUUAAAAGGCAAUGUCUUAUAUAUUGAUCCUGUUAAAUAAAAAUGAAAAUGAAAAGGGAGACUAAAAAAGUUACACACGCGCACGCACACACACACGCUCGUCGUGGUAAUUUCCUUCUCUGCGGACUGCUUCUCAUUUUCCCGCUGAUUUUUAAGUGGUGCAGCGCACUAAAGGGUCCGACGAGAAUGUUAAAUCACGCACUUUGGUUCCACCUUUCGCGUCGGUGACUCGGCGCGACUGCGUAAUCUACGAUCGGAGGGGGGACCACAGGGGGGGCCAGAAUAAGUGCUGGCCCCCGUUGCCCCCCCACGCCCCCAGAACCGCCACUGGCGAGCAGACCAAAUUGUCAAGGACAACUAGAAAUGGGAGAGAACCUAAACAAAAAGCUGCUUGAACCAUUGAUACCAUUUUCAUUUCAUUUGGAGCAUUUCUUUUUUUCUGUGGGUCUCAUGACAGGCGUGUUCCGACCAAAUUUCAUGUUGCUUAGUGUAACCGGCUUCCCAAACUGCUCCUUACGAAAACAUUGAAGUAUCAGUUUAGCUGGUCAAGAAAAAAACACAAGUUGGUCGUUAAACACUAGAUGUUGUUUUCUUACCAUGUGACCCAUUUACUCACACAACACACACACACACACACACACACACACACACACACUCUAAGUAGGAACACAAUUACAGGAAGUGACCACAAUGAUGAUGGCGAUGAGGGCGCCCCCCCCCCCCCGAAAUGGAGCAAAACAUCCUCCGCCUCAUCACCGCCCGCUAAUCUGUAUUGAUCUCCCGCCGCGUUUCCUGCGUUCCCGUCUUUGCCAUUACCACUAUUGUUGCUGCCCGUGCUAAGCAACCAACUCCCCACCUCACCGUGCAAUACUUUGUGUAUGUGACACUGUUGGUUAAUUAGCAGCCCCGAAAGUGUUUAAAGAUUGUAUUUUAUUUAUUAUUGUUUUUGUAUGCAAACUGUGACUAUAGUUACAUAUUUCCCACCACUAUAAGUUGUGUACAAUCAUUGUCGGUACGUUUUGAUUGUAAUUACUUUAUGCCUGCCGUGUGACUGAUUUUUAUUUCAGAUAUUUGUGGCUGAGAUUCAAUUCCGUUGGUGGCGGUUAAAUAAAAUGAGGCGACAACAUGA